CCUAUGUACAUAAAAGAUAAAAGCUCUAGAUUUACAAACUUAGUUAAACAUAUGGAUUGAAGCGUUGCAAUUAUCUCUGGUAUAAAGAAAAACAAGAUGAACUUUCUAAAGUUUCUGAUAUUUAUACCAAUAUUGAUAUGUCUAAAACCAAGCUCCAUAUAUGGGGAGUUUGUCAAGGAGAAAUUAUAUGUUGAGUUUCAACAGGAUGAUGAAUUGCAAUCUGGUAACAUCGACUAUGGGACAGCAGUAAAUAUAUGGCGUUUGUUAAACGCGGCAAGUAUGGAGGAAGACGACGUCGCAUCUGUUGUCGAUAAUUUGGAGAGCAUUCAGCUGCCAGACGACGUUUUAAACAGUAUACUUGAUGGGUUACCGGACGAAGUUGAACUUGACCUUGAGUUUCUGGCUAAAGGCUGCAGUCACGGCAGAUGCAAAUUUUGUACAAAGGACAAGUUUCUUAACAUUUGCAUAGAGGCUAACUACCUUCCACACAAGAUCGGCUUCGAAAUCCGUGUCACGAUCAGAGGGAAGACAAUUUUCCACAAGGAAAUCAGCGUUGCCAACCCUCCAGCGAUUUGUAUCAAUCACAUCCCGUUUCUGAGCAAGAUAGCCAAUCUUUGCAUUCAAUUUUAUGACGUCAGCAUUCCUAAGAAGAGCGCAUGCGUGAGGGCCGUGUUUUACGUCAAGCUUGGCCCGUUGAAAAAGAAGAUCAAGCUCAAGAUUGCUUGCUUCCGCAUCCCUAUUGCUGGUGAUGAAUAUGACAUUGAAAAAAGUAUUAUGUUUAACUAAAUUGAAGAUCUUAUAAAUAAAUGAAAUACUCAAGCACACAAAAGGAAUAGCUGCAUCUGACCGUCUGCUGUACCUGUUUAUGUUGUUGAGUUCUUAACAUUUAAGAGUCACGAUUACUGUUUUGUAAACUAACAUUCUAUGAGAAUAUCCUCGACUGAUAAUCGUCUCUACACUGUAAACCAAGUUCGUAAAGUGUUCUUUGUUUUGAUAAAUGAUUCUAGGUAAUAGAUGUUUGUGUAAAUGUUAUUUAAUAUGAUUUGAGGGUAGAGUCGAACCCCGUUCGAUCGAACUCCUAGGGACCGCCGAAAAUACCUUGAACCUCUGAAGUUCGAGCCAAGCAGGAAUUCUUACCUUCAGUAAAAAGAAAAUGGUCUUUGUCAUCCAGUGCCAACAUGUAAAUCGAGCUUAGCAAGUUCGAGCCAACGAGGUUCGACUGUAGAGACUUUGGUGUAUAACUAUGAGGUCUAGGUUCCUCUUUACCAAUCUCCAUGUACCAUUUACAAGUAAUCACUGGCGACAAUAAAAUAAUGUUCAACGUUCAAAAAUAAAUAAAUUCUCUUUAUAUCUUUACUUAAAACCAAAAUCAUUCUUAGACACAUUUAUAACAUUGUAUGAAUAAGACGUAUAAAUGUAAUGCGAAAAUAUAUAGCUGAAAAACAGCCUUUUUCUUAGGAAGGGCAGAUAAAUCAACUAGUUUUAUUUUUGAAUUUGGAGUCCAUUACAUCAAAUAAUGUUAAUAUAUCAUUCAUCAGGUUUGUCUUUAUGUAGAGACCUAUAUAUUCCUACACAUAAAGGGGUUGUCAAAGCAUUUAUUUUUGGUCUAUGUAAAUUCAAAUAUAUAAAAUAACAUUCCACCAGAAUGUACCAUUUCAGAACAAAAUAUUCGAUAUGGGCCUCGAUGCUCUGCAUAACGUUUAAAGUUUUAAAAGUCUAAUGUUUCCUGCUCCUCGUUGUUUGUAAACAGUUUGCUAAUAAAUAUUCGUGAUGCUUGUGA